CCCCCCGGCCUCCCCUGCCUUGUUGCUCCCCCACACUCCCCACUUCGCCUUCGCCCGGUCGCCCCCCCGGCUGCGAGCGCGAGGGCGCGGAGGGGCUAGCGCGCUAGCGGCGCCAUGGCCCUGACCGACGCCACCGCGUUCCCCUACGGCCUGCGCGUCCUCGUCGUCGACGACGACCCAACUUGGCUCAAGAUCCUCGAGAAGAUGCUCCGCAAGUGUUCCUACGAAGUCACCACAUGCGGUUUAGCAAGCGUUGCUCUCCAAAUUCUCCGAGAGAGGAGAAACAAGUUUGACAUUGUAAUCAGUGACGUCAACAUGCCUGACAUGGAUGGUUUCAAGCUUCUCGAACUCAUUGGACUUGAGAUGGAUCUACCCGUCAUAAUGAUGUCCAUAGACGGAGAGACGAGUAGAGUGAUGAAAGGUGUCCAGCAUGGUGCUUGUGACUAUCUCCUCAAGCCUGUUCGGAUGAAGGAACUUCGAAACAUUUGGCAACAUGUGUAUAGGAAGAAAAUGCAUGAGGUGAAAGAGAUUGAAGGUAAUGACAGCUGUGAUGAUCUCCAAAUAUUUAGAAAUGGUGUGGAGGGAUUUGACGAGAGGGGCCUAUUUAUGAGAGCUGACUCUGAUACCAUGAGGAAGAGAAAAGACAUGGAUAAGGACCAUGCAGAUCAGGACUCAAGUGAUGGAGCUACUGUUAAGAAGGCUAGAGUUGUCUGGUCUGUUGACCUUCACCAGAAGUUUGUAAAUGCUGUCAACCAAAUUGGAUUUGACAAAGUUGGGCCGAAGAAAAUACUGGACCUUAUGAGUGUUCCUGGCCUGACAAGAGAGAAUGUGGCUAGCCAUCUUCAGAAAUAUCGCCUCUACUUGAGUAGGUUGCAAAAGCAGAACGAGGAAAGGAUAAUGGGUGCUGCUAGGCAAGAUUUCAGUCACAAGGGACCAUCAGAUAAUCUUAACCUCCGAAGUUCCUUCGAAGAGCAACCAGGCAACCUUUCCAAUGGAUUUCAGCAUAGUUCUCAGAAGAUCCAAGCUCAGACCAACAUUCCCGAUCCUCAUCUGGACGACACGAAGACUUCUGUGCCCUUGAAGGUGCCAGAUAAAAAUGGAACUUCAGUAAGUGAUGCUGUUGAUCCUCAGAAUAUCACCAGUGCUUCACCUUUAAGUGGGGUAUUCUCUUUUGAAAGAAUGCCAGUGAAUCAGGACAGGAAGUUAUCAGAGACCAUGAUUUUGGAAUGUCAGUCCUGGAGUGGAAGUGUGCCACCAAAGCAGUUCAUGCAGUAUCCAAAGCAUAACCAUGAGCGCUGCGACCUGCUAGGAGACUAUUCUUGCUUGCCCAAACCGGACUUAGAGCACCCAAUUGCCCCUGGUCAUCUGUAUGCCCCAGCACCAGUAAUAUCGAUGGUGGAGGGAGAUGCCAGAAACUUCUCAGAUGUAAAACCAGAUCUUAUUGCCUGUAUGAAGUCCUUAUCACCAGCACUGACUUGUACAGUUGAGUCAGUUUCUGCUCAACUUAGUGACAGUGCUGUGACCUCAACUAACAGUGACCAGAAGUUUUCCAGUGUGGAGGGGUUGUCCAGCAUUAAAGAUUGUGACUUUGAUCAGGAAAGGAACCAAGCCACUUUGCUUACUUCAGAAGAGGCAAGUAUAAUAUGCGGCACUGAUUUGACUUGGCUACAUGAUGACCUGUCCGGCUAUCAAGGUGUCUCCUUCAGCAAUAUAGGACUGAAUAGCAUCGAUUUAUUUCAAUGCAAUGAUACAAUGGGGGCACUACCUGGACUACAGAAUAACUGGUAUGAUGAUAUAGAGUUGAGCAGUGAAACUAUGGAGAUCCAAUUGCUAGACGGAGGCCUGUUUGCAUAAGUGCCCUUAUGUGAGCAAGGAUGAUGUUCUUUGGUAUGUUCCCGUAUAGUGCCUCCUGUAGGGCUAUAUUAAUCUAACUUGAUCCUGUGGUGGAAGGAUUUAAUUUGUAGUCUCUCCACUUUUGAUAAUUGUCUGUAUUAUAGACUGUGCCAUGGUACAAUGACUGCAAUAUAUACUCUUCACGAUGAUCAAAACUACAUA